GGCUAACUAGUCCCGUGUUAGAGCUGCAUGCCUCUCUGCUCUACUGUACUCUACUCACGUCAGGUGUCCCACGCACGACUCAAGCUUGUCCGCCUCCGGCUUUCUAUUGAUUAGUUUAAAUUCAAGACAUGAAUUUAUCGCAUCAAAUUGGGUAUUCAUAUUCAUUCUCUAUAUCCUUUGGUCCUCUCUCGAAUAAAGCACCAGCUGGUAUACCUCUCCGAUCGGCGGCAGCUCAAUAGCCUCCCGCGUUACCUACGACUAGCGCUUCAACCAGCCAUUCCCCUUGAAUCUAUCGAAACGAACACACCCUUUCCUAGUCCAGUAACACGAAGCGAUUCUUGUACCACAUACACUGCCUAUGCGACGUCUCAACAAUUCGCCUCAACUCUUCCUUGCCAGAUGACCUCGGACCUGGCACAGGCGCAAUGGGGUUGCUUGGCGGCAUCUCUUCUGGAGGGAGCAUAGCUCUUGGAAUUAUUGUUGGACUGCUAUCGACCAGUGUUCAGAGCCUAGGUCUGACCUUGCAGCGAAAGUCGCAUAUACUCGAGGACGAAAAGGGACCUCAUGAUGUCCGACGGCCACCCUACCGAAGGAGGAGGUGGCAGAUUGGCAUGGGCAUGUUUAUUGUAGCAAACUUGCUGGGAAGCAGUAUUCAGAUCUCGACACUUCCGCUCCCCGUUCUUUCGACUUUGCAGGCUGCUGGCCUCGUAUUCAACUCGAUAUGUGCAUCAUUGAUCCUCAGCGAACCUUUCACAAGAUGGUCUUUGUCCGGCACGAUUCUCGUCACAACCGGUGCUGUAUUGAUCGCUAUAUUCGGAGCCAUUCCUUCGCCGGCGCAUGAUUUGAAGGAGCUGUUGGAACUCAUGGCGAGAAGGCCAUACAUUGUCUGGAUGAUACUCCAGGCGCUCUUUGUCCUCACUCUGGCGCUGGCCGUUGAUCUAAUCAACAGCAUGUCGAGCCUGUCACACGACGCCCGGUUUCGGCUGGCUCGAGGCAUUACUUACGGCGUCAUCAGUGGAGAUCUCUCUGCUCAUGCGCUGUUGUUUGCCAAGUCCUCGGUGGAGCUGGUCAUCAAGACCGUUGCUGGACGUAACCAGUUCGUACAUUGGCAAUCUUGGGCGAUUGUCCUAGCUCUCGUCACGCUGGCUCUCUGCCAGCUCUACUACUUACACCGAGGUCUCAAACUUGUUUCAACCUCGGUUCUUUACCCUUUGGUUUUCUGCGUCUACAACAUCAUUGCCAUUCUUGACGGCUUGAUAUAUUUCAACCAGACAAGCCUAAUAUCGCCUCUAAGAGCAUGUCUCAUCGCUUUAGGAACUGUCAUUCUGCUUUCGGGUGUCCUGGCACUCUCAUGGCGAUUAAGCGACGAGCAGCAUACACCCGGCGUUGGACAGUCGUCCCUUGCUCCUGGUCUUGGACUGGUGGAGGACACCGAGGAGGAAGAGUCGCUACUUGGCUCAGAUAAUGCCGUUGCAGACGAAGACUCAAUUCCACAUACAUAUCAAACAUUCCCGCCCGCGAUUGACGAAACACCACUGGUCCCCUCUCGCAAGAGGACCCCUCGGUGGGCUGAGCGAGCUGAGAUUUGGGAUGAGUUGGAGGAUCGAGAUGAGCCCAGUACUCCAGGCAAUAGGAGACGGUCUAGUACACUGCCGCGCCAUACAGAGUCCUCACCUCUGCUCCCAACCAAGAGAUCUUCCACCAGUUGCCCUGUUGGGGAUGAAUCUGGGCCAAGCACCGAAUCUACACCUCGACGACUUACACGACGAAGGCGGAAGAGCACAGGAUUUCCAGGUCUCAAGGCCCGUCGAUACCAGAGAAACAGGAGCUCCACAGACUCAGGCGCUCUUGGUAACAUCCUCUCAUUGAGUUGGUUCAGGAGCAGAAGCCGCCAGCCAUCACAAGCUAGCACCAGCGAUGGCUUUCCUUGGGGCACCACAUCUCAGCAGGACGGUGCUGAGACAAGGGGUGACGCAGCUGUAUGAAUACGAAAUAUCUCUCUAUGUAGCUUUCGGAGUUGUGAAGAGUAAGAGAGGCGAACGAAUGGCGUUUUCUUGUGUAGAGUUUCUUCUGGGUUUCUUGAUUAGUGUCCAUGGCAAGGCUCCUGGGUUUCAAACAACCCUUCGCAUACCAAUGUCCACACACAUAUAUAUACGUUUUAAGGCUCGAAUGAAUAGUAUCGACGGCAACGCAUUGCCGCUGGAGUAUUUGCAUUUUCUAUUCACACAUGCCUUCGAGCGCAGUUGCAGUUGGUCUAGUCACCUGCAAUAUCAAUCCCGAACAUACAACAUGUUCCUUGAAAUUGGUCAAAUGUUUACAUCGUAAAACAUAGAAAAUUUACAUUAACCCUGUAGUCUAGUCCUUAUGAAUGUGGCCCUGCAACACCGAUCCCAUCUAGCAAUUAUUAGUUGGCCAGGAUCUCCUGUCAUCCAUGCGAGUGAGAAAAACAACAGCAAUAACUCCAAUUUCCAUACGCACUCCGUACUCCAAGACCCUCAACUCCACAUCUCAUCAUCUCGUUCUUAUUUUAGCAAGGAAACCAUACAUGCAAUAGAUAUCAACUCCAAACGUCCCCUAGUAGCAAAAGCUGUCCCCGGACUGAUCAGGUCAGAAGUGAAGCUUUUCGUGAUGGAAAGACCAUAUCCGCAACAACUCUUCGUCGCUAUUGAUUCAAUCGUCCGAAACUUUUCAUGAUAAGUUCAUAAUAAAAGAGAUAGGUAAGAACACACGAGGCAACUGUUUUGCUGUGUGAUCCCGAGUCUGCUUCGAUGUGUAUAACUGAUGUAUAGAUACGGUUGAACAAAAAGCGGUCAAUUCGAACAGGGUCCCAGGCAUGGUGUGGAUUAUUAUGACAUAAUGAAGACCUUCUCUAGAUGCAGACUUGGCCUUGGAAACUCGUUUCGGUCGAAUGUACAGGUGUCAGAACACGUCCUGGGACCGAGUUUCCAGUGCUGUAAAGCGGGAAUGGCUGUAAUAAUGCGACGACGCUCCAACAUAGAACUGUAACUGACAACUGAUCUGAAAAAUUAGGGCUCUCCUUUGCUCUGCCGGAGCAUAGCUGUUUUGUACUCGUCCCGGCUUCAAAUGAACGUGUCGUUUGGUUGCAAUUAAAUUACUGUUUGAAAAGAGAGUCGUAUACACGCCGGCCAUGCGCAUCAGCAUGAACUCGCAGAGUCCUAUACACGGCUCGUACUGGCUCGGCUGCGUUCAUCCUCCUCUUCCAUGACAUCACUCAGCCGGGUAGGAUGGUGAUGGCGAGGGACUGUCUCCCAGCCAGGAGUCCCAUAGCCUUGGCCGGAAUAGUCUUGGGGGUCUGAGUAUGCGCCAGUCCAUUGGCCUCCGCUCCCUCCACUGCCUCCUCCUCCAGUAGAGGUGGAAGGAGAAUCUUGUUUACCGCUUGGUGGGUUGGUGGUAGCGGGCGUUGCAUACUCUUCUGCUUCAGCAUCAGAACCGGAAUAUGUAGAGGGUGGUCCAGCGAAGGGAAUCUUAUUUCCUUGGGCAUCCAACAGGAAGUUGCCAUUUGCAUCAAUCACGUACUCACCUUCGCUGUAACCACCCUCUGAUACUGGUGCUUGAAGGCCACCACCCUGUUGACGAUAUUCGCCAGCAUUUGUUGUUGGAGGCUGAGUCUGGGGAGAGGAAGUCGUCUCAGGCGGGUAGCCAGCUCCAUACUCAGUCUGAAAGGCCCCUUGAGCUCGGCUGCUUUGAUGUCUGCUUGGACCGCCAUGUGUCAUUGGAACCACUUGCACGCCUCCAACAAUAGUAGGCUGUCCUGACUGUAGCGACAGCGUUCUAUCACGUUCCUCCUGCUCACGUCGUCCCAAUUCCUCCCAUGCACGACGCGCCUCCUCUUUAGAGAUGGACAGCUCCUUGCGCAUCUCAGCGAGCUGUUUCUGAGCUUUAGAAGUUCCUUGCUCAUUCUCGACAGCUUCUCGGAUAGCAUCUGCUCGGCCUCGACGUUCUUGGUCCAGGGCAGCCUCCAACAUGGCAUUGACUUCUUGCGCGCGCUCCAAUUCAGUUCGAGUUUCGAAGAACCAUCGCUGGAACUUUCGCUCCGAACUUGCGCGAAGACGCUGAAGCUCAACAACGGCAUGAAAUAGAUUGGCUCCGGCCGCAGAUAGAUCUGUCACCUGGCGCGCGAGCUGUUGAUUCAAAGGAUCCCGAUUCAACUCAUCCUUGUUUUGUUCAAGCUUGCGGAUCCAGUAGCUGGUGAGUCCUUCCCAGUGCGCAGAUAGCGUCUCCCAUCGCUCAAACGCAUGAGGAAAAGAAUUUCGGGUCUUUGAGCCACUGGCCCCUCCCUGGUUUCCGCUCUCAGUGCCCUGUGCAGCAAAAUUGGGUUGGUUUCCGGGAGUUGGGCCCGUGAAAGUUUGGGGAGGUGGUUGAUUGGUAGUGCCAGAUCGCCCGGGCCGGCUAGCUGGUACUUGUGAUGUAGUAUUCGCCCGGGGGCGGGCUGAUGUGUUAUCAGGGGCGGCUUGCGCCUGACGCUGAGGGUUCAUGGGUUGACGCGCUUCUGCGUCAGGAACCUGCCCAGCAGCAACGCCAGCAGAUCUACGCUGUUCCUCCGCUCUCCGAGCCUGCUCCAAAAUGCGCGCCUCCUGCUCAGCUCUCUCGCGCUGUUGCGCCUCUGCCUCGGCGCGUUGUCGCGCUUCCCGAGCUGCGCGCUCCUGCAUGAUCAUCCUUGGGCCUCUGAUACCAGAGGGUGAGCCCGUUUGACCAGGAGUUGCGCCAGGGCGGAAUGGAGAGGCAGCUGGCUUGCCAUUGGAUACUGGAGGCAUGCCUCCAGAAGCCAUAAGAUCGGCCAUGCUUGCGGAUUCCUCUUCGAGAUCUGGAGUGAAAGGAUUGGGGUUGCGCAGCGCCUCCUCGAGUGCAAAGAGGAUGGCGCUGUGGGUAUGCUUGGAGACCUUAACCACGGGGUGUGGUUCUGGAUAGUUUGCAGGUACGGAAGGAGUCUGUCUCGGAGGGGAUUGGGGAUGCUCCGAAGACACCUCGUCAGGAUCUUCAGUCAGGUCCUGUGAGAGCCGUCGGCGGGGGCGGUGAGUUUGAUGCGGUGCUGAACGAACGGGGAUGAGUCCCAAUACAGUGGGAUGGUUCUCCGGUAGGUUGUCAACGGGUGCGAGGGUCGCCUUGGGUUCAAAACCGAGGGAGGCAGCUGCGAUAUGGACUUUGCGAGGCUCAGGUGCUGGAGUCGGAGGUGCGUCAAAUCUUGGGGUUCGACGAAGACUUCGGGGCGUGGAGAGCCGCUCAAUGGGAUCCGACGUCUGAUUAAACAGCGGUCGUGAGCCAAGACUUGGAGUCCUUGAAUGCUGGCGUUGCGGGUGCUGGGUAGGGGUCGUGGGCGCGUUAGGGUCGUGACGGUCGUAAGAAGCAGAUGAUGGUCGUAUUCUGGUCACGUCUGCGGCGCUGAAAGGGCGAGGAACUGGGUUACGAAAGUUCGACAAGUUGAAGGUUCACCAGCGGGCGCCGGUGUGGUGUUGCGUUACGGUGGAUGUUUCGGGAGGGUGGAGUGGGGGAGCUCUUGAUGCGUUGUACAAAAGUCGGGUUCUUUUCGAGUUGCGAAACGGGUGAGCAGAUCAGAAUAGAGAGGCCUCUUCAGACUGAAUGACAGUGAUGGUCUCGGGAAGGACGACCAGGUCUCAGUCCGGACUGAGUCUACUCGAGACAGAACCGAGAAGUGUAAUUGCCCAACUGGAAUGUUGAGGCGAGCGAAGUAAAGGUGAGGAGGGUCAAAUUGGGUGAGUGUAUGUGAGCCCAAGAGGAUGGGCACCGGCUGGUGAUGUCAAAAAAAAGCUGGUGGCAGGAAACCCAAGCCAGGCCCGAAGCUGGAAAAUUGGGGGGGUUGGUGCUAGGAGCUGCAGUGACCGCCCGCCAGACCAAGGUCCAGACAAGCUGAGAGGUCCUUGAGAAACGGGCCACUAGUAAGAGAGAAUCUCCAACUGCAAGCACUUCGCACAAAACGCACGCGCACGCGAUACGUAAAAUAAUCAGCGCGAAAAUGGUCAGUAUUUGACUGAGGUAGCCAAUUACUUUAUGCGGUGGAAUUUAUAGAAACAACGCGAGUUUGCGCGCAAUCGCAUUUGUUCGACGAUACCAACGCAAGGAACAAAAAGAGGUUGUUUGGAGGUUUGCGCGCGCGUGGCCGAGCAGCUAAUUAGCUGGUCGCUUCGUUUGGUCGAAUGUUCUUAUUGAGACCGUUUGAAAGGGUUUUUUUCGUCCAGCGAAUCUGUUUGCGGCUCGAAAAUUAGUAAUUGUCGCGCAAUGGCUUGAACGUUGUCGCGAAGCCGUCAUGCGCAGCUCGGAGCCCGUACAAGCAGUGCUGCAAAUGCAGCUAAGGAAAUCGAGCGGCUGGGAAGGACGAAGUAAGGGGAGCACAAGAGCAACAUACUCCUCUUUACGGGCCAAUGGCGUCUUUCCGAGGAGUUUGUUAUCCACGCAUGAGCUGAGAUAUCACCAUCAUGUGCGAAGACUCAUUCUUUAGGGGUG